UCAAGAUUUAUAGGUUCUCUUUACAUAUUCUAUUUGCCUUUUAAUAAUUGAACUGCCUUGUUUUUACUGAGGUUGGCUAGCAAACUCCCCAUAAAUAUUUACCAGUGAUGCUUCCAAAAUCGGUUCACACACAAUCCAUAGAGCUAUUUAACAAUAAAUAAGCCUGCCACAAGCACAUAUUGAAAGAAACAAUUUGCAGUGUCUGAAGUUUCCAGUCUGUUUCUUUAUCACCCUGAAUACAUUUGACAAUCAAAACUGGAUUUCGUAAACCGAUUUCCAAGUCCAUUUUCUGGUAGUCAUGUAAUCUCCUUAAAGUCGGCGCCGUGACGUGACGAUCAGUGUCAGUUAGCUACCUUUAACAUCGACAAAUAUAAUAACAUAUAUGUACAAUCUAGGGUUUCCCUACAUAAAAUAUUUAACACCUGUUCCUGCAGUAUUCAUUGUAGAUAUUUGGUGACAUUGGUUGUUAAGAUUAUGGGAAACGGGAAGUCUUAGGUAAACAUGGCGUUAUGUCUUUGCAAUGCUUGGUGUUGGUUGAGUGGAGGAGAAUAGUUUGUUCGUAUGGAAUAUAUGUGAAGUGAAUGGACUGUGUCUUAAAUUUUUCCGCCUGCAAAUGAUUAUGUGUUGUGGACUUGAACAUGCUUAGUGGAUGACAGCCGUUUUCAGAAUGUUUUCCAACUGACGUUUAAUGUACCUGACGGAACAAAGUGUUACAGCAAAGUUCAGUAGUUGAAUUUAAUACUCGUUCCUAAUAAUUAGGAAACUCCCAGAACUCUGAACACAGACUGUUAAAUUGUCGUUAAUCCAAUGUAAAGUAAUUGAUUAUAACUCGCAAAAACGGGUCUGUGGUACAUCUUGUGGGGGUGCAGAAUAUUUAAGUAAAGUACGAAAUAGAACCACCCAAUUUAAUGAAGCGUUUUAAUAUUUGUCGCUACAUUAUAAAUAUCAGUAUCUUGGCGGAACAGUUGCAAAGCAACUACGGUCGUACGUGAGGGUCGAGCUGCAGUGUGUUCUGGGAUAGUUCCCCUCCGUAACAUCUUCAAGUAAACAAGAAGGGCUGUACAGCUGGUGACUGCCAGAGAAGACCGUUUACGGCCAACGCACCAUCACAGACGUCUUGAAGCUUUUUACCGGGUAUUAUCGCAUGGAACGAUAACACAUUACUUUCAAAAAGUGGCUGAGUGAAAUGUCAUUUCUUGUUUUAUUUUGUUUAGGAGAAGAUAUGUCUGUUUAUGAUCAAAAUAAAUGUAAAAUAAUCCAGAAGAUGGAAGGAAAAUAAAUUCAAUAAUGAACGUUUCUGAUAUGACAGGACUUUAUGUUGCACUCAUUAUAACAAUCAGUGGAUUAGGCAUCAUUUUCCUUGCAGUUCCAGAUCUGAUGGAUCAUGAUACAUGGAUUUUUGCUUUCCUAGAUUUGUUGGCUAAUUGGGUUUUGGUGUGGGAACUGACAAGUUUCUGUUACUUCCUUGAGGGUGUGCGACAGACAAAUGUAUUUGGAAUGGAGGUAGCCACUCUUCGUAUUUAGUAUUAUCACAACAAAAUGUGAUUAUUAUACAAGCUGAUUGUUUUUCUGUAUGUGCAGUAUGCUUGUUGUAAUGGAUGCAAGGACAGCAUUGGGAAAAACCUGCCAGUUACUUUCAGAGAGGAAGGUGGAAAAUCAGCCAGUGUGUCCACCCGUCCUGUGUUCUGAAGGAGACUGUUUAAAUGUAUUUGAUGGAAAAGAAGAAAAGGAAUUUCAGAUUGUGAGGUCCUUAGCCAUGAGUGCCAAUAUUGCUAAUGCUGUGAAAAAUGAAGUGAAGCAUUUAAUUCAUAUUAGUGCAGUUGAAUCAUGUGCUGAAAAGAAUAUGUGGGUUGGGGCUGCCACAGGUUCAAAAUUACCGACUGUGAGUUACACUGCUAAUGCAAGUUUCUCUAGUUCCUUUGUAUUACCUAGUGCUGAAGAACAUCUUAUUUCAGUGAUAGUACUUUCCAGAUGGGAUGAUAUAAUGGGUCCACAGACUGUUCAUGUGUGGAUGGAACAUGCAGAAAAAAGUACAUGCAACAUCGACAUGAUCCGUGCUAUUAGAUAUGUUACAAAUCAUACUGUUAGUCAGGCAGCGGAAACAAGUGCAAUGGGACCUAAAAUUUUUGUGGUUUCUGACUUACAUAUUAUUGCUCAGUCUUUAACAUUUGGUGUGCGUGUGCAUCGUGGACAACGUAGACUACCACACUCCAUCUCUGUGUUGGUGUCAUUGAGUCAAUAUUCCAGUUUCCUGGAGUUACGGUGUUUGUGUCAUCAGUGGCUCAUUCGUACUGCUGCCCGUCUCCAAACACAGUUACAGGGUCCAUUUAACUGUGCACCUUUCAUAACGAAUGAUAAGCUUGAUGGCUGGAUGAUGGAACUUUGUUACAUGUUAGUAUCAGUGAAAUCUUGUGGAUUUGGGACAGUGCCAGAUCGGUACUCCUCGGAAAUUCUGGACCAUCCACUAAUAGAGCGUGCUUUAACAUCACAUCUACAAACAUUUGGCUGUACAGUUGUAAUGGGGACCUCUGCCACUGACAUAAAUCAGUUCAUAUACUUUUUGGCACAAUUCCUCAGUGCCAGUGAAAGAGUAUGUUCACGCCUGGUGAUUCCUAAUGUACAUUAUCCAUUUCAUGUUGGUCUAUACUUGCAGGGUCUUCUUUUGGAUGAAUUUGGAUGCAGAGAACUCUGUUCAGCAGAGCUUUCAUCAAAUCCAUAUCCUGUUACUGCAAUUGAUUUAACCCAAACCUCACAGAUUGGUGCAGUGAAACAAACAUUUCUUUUACCUUUUAAUUCUGAUGGUUGUCUUGUAAAUGCACAAGGCAGAGUUCAUGCUACAGAUGACGUAACAGGAGUUCAUGGGAGAAUACUGCAUCCUGUGAAGGACAGUGCAUCAUUAGUUCAAGAACUGUUAAAGGACUUGAGAAGAUUGCAGCCACCAGAUUGGGCUAAAGUUGUGACAUUAUUUGUACAGAAGAUCAGCACAAUGGCACACUGUCUACUAAGUCAGAUUCAUUGCUUAAGAUAUGCUGAAAUAGUUUCAUCUUCUGUGUUUGGUUCCCCACCCCACCGUCACUUCUUGAUGAAGUGCUUAAAUCUUGAAGACAGUGACUUCCGCAUUGUUUUGGCUGCAGCUGAAAAACUGAAGCCAGGAGUUUAUUCAUAUAUAUUGAAGCCACUGCAACUGCCGAGAGAGGAUACACGGAGCCAGAUGCAACAGAUAUGGCUACAGGAAGUUCCUUUUGUUGAAACACAACCCCAUGACUCCUAAACCUUGUUAUUUGUUACAGUAAACUUAUGUAAAACUUUGGCUUUCAAUUUAUAAAUUCGUAGAGUUCACUGUAGCAUUAUUUGCCUGGCUGUGAGGAAUAUUUGGUUGUUUGUCAUGUUAUGAAAGCUCAGAAUUAUUUUAAAUGUUAACAUUGUUCUGUUGUUGUGUAUCUUUGAAUAAGAUUAUUGUAUUUUAGAGGUUUAAGACAAAGAAAUGUUCAAAAUAUUUUUAAUUGAGACAAUACUACAUAUAACAUUUCAAUGAAAAAACUGAAAAUGAAAACAAAUUAUUAUUUUGUAAUGCAGUAAGUAAUUAGUAGUAGUGUGGAAAAGGCAGAUUGUUACUCCCCACAUCAAGGUGGCAUUGAGUCACAUACAGGCACAGCGAAAAAUAAUACUGUAAAUUUUUGAGUUGGUGGACAAAAUCCGUCCUCAGAAGUACAACACACACACACACACACACACACACACACACACACACACACUCACACGGCAACUGCCUCCAGGUGCUAAGAUCCAACUGUGACUGCAUCUGAUGUGAGCAGCAGUGCACUGGGUUGGGUGGUACAGGUAAGAAGGAGGUAUGUAAUUGGGUGUGCACUGGAUAGCAGAAUAGGGGUGAGGGAGGGAAGAUGGUAGUGCUGCCUUUGUGGAUGUGCAGAGGCGUGCUAGGGACAGGAUACGGCUGCUAGGUGCAGCAUCAGGAAGCUGUGCUGAAGGGGGCAGAAGUACAGCAUAAUA